GACCAAAAGGAAGCCAAUUUGUUUGGAUACCUUCGCGAAGCCUGUGAUAUGAGGCUACCUCACUGUGACUAUAUAUUUUUAUCAAUUCUGUAGCUCCUUGUUUAUAAACUCUAGCAAGGGAUCCUGACUAGAUCAACCAUUUUGCAAAAAUCUUAAUAAAUUCGUAAAUUAAUAAAUCAGAAAAGACAUGAGGGAAAUUUGCAAUAGCUCCCUUAUAAUUAGAGACUCGAAGAAUCUGUAGGACAUUCAGACGCUAAAAUACCAAUCACCCCCUUAAGGACCAUAAGACAAGGUUUUAAUCUGAAAGGAUCACUUCCUUUCCCAAUUUACUGACAAACUCUAUGAAUCUUCGAUUUUUAGCCUUUAAUCCAAACUAUUGAGACUUAACAAAUUCUUGAAAUGUCAGAAUUUUAAUGAGACAUGCUUAUUAACUAAACUCAUAACAUUCAGGAGACAUUAGUGAGUUCUCAGCCAAGUUCCAAGACUAUGGUUGUUAAACUUCGAAAUUUAUUUUGACUGAAAGAGUUCACAUUUGUUGCUGGUGACUCUAAGGCUCAACUCUGUCUGUAUCAAGAAUACAGGUGUUGACUACUUUUAUGCCUUCGAAAGAGAAGGUGCUCUCUCUUAAACAAUGAUGUAUGCUUUAAGAUGUAAUUGAGAAGUAAAUUAUGGCUAGGCGCUGACUUUUUGUCACCUAAUUCACAAUUCUAAAAUUUCAGAUAUCUAAAAGAAGAGGAAGAUUGGGUAUU